AUGCAUGUAUCAGUUUCAUAUAUAAAUGAACCAGAUCUUAUUAUUACUACAGAUUCUAUGAUUAUGAAUUCAAAACAAACAGAAAUUUAUGAAUAUUGGGGAUAUAAUUACACGAAUGGAAUAACUAUUCAUAAAUCAGUCACAAAAAUCAAAGAGCGAGCUUUUGAAAAUUCAGACAUAACUAAAAUAUAUUUUGAAUCCAAUUCAGCACUUUUAGAAAUCGGAGAUUAUGCAUUUAAAAAUUGCUCAAGACUAUUUUCAUUUAAUUUAUCUUAUGGUAAUUUAAAUACAUUAGGAUUUGGAACAUUUUCAAAUUGCAUGAAUUUGACUUCAGUGAACUUUGCUUCGAACAAUUUUAUGAUCAUGGGCAAUGCUUUUGAGAAUUGUACAAAUUUAUUAAAUGUAAGUAAUAUGUUAAAUAUUCCUAAUAAAUGCUUUUCUGGGUGCACUCAAAUAAAAAAUAUAAAUAUUGAUGAAGGAUCAAUACAUAUUGGUGAAAAAUCAUUUGAGAAUUGUUAUUGUUUAGAGAGUAUAAAUAUUCCUUCAUCAGUUGAAACAAUAUCAGAAAAUUCUUUCUUAAACUGCAGAAAUCUUAAAUCAAUCAUAUUUUCAAGCACAAAUUCACUUUCUGAAAUAUCAUAUAAUUCAUUUAGAGGAUGUAAUUCACUUCAAAACAUAAGUAAUUUCGAAUCAGAUAACUACAAAUGUAUUGAUAAUACUCUUUACUAUAAGAAUGAAUCAAAAUAUUAUCUUAUUUACCAUGUAAUUAAUUCUUCAGAGAACUCACUUAUUCUUAACUGCAAUGUUAUCUGCAGUUACUCGUUCACUGAAUGCAACAACAUAUAUAACAUCAGUAUUCUUCCAGAUACCGUUUUAAUAAUUGAAAAAUAUUCAUUCAACAAGUGUUUGAAUUUGAAAUAUAUAAAUUUUCCUUAUUCAGUUGAAACAGUUGAAUUUCACUCAUUUAAUGAAUGUCCUUCUAUUUGCUGUCCCCUUAUUAUUGAGAAUACGAAACUUGACUAUAUCAGAAUGAUCAUAAAUUCAGGAAUUCCUCGAAAUCUUAUUCUUUCAUGUGGAGUAAUUCAAGGAUCAUAUAAUAUUAAAAUGAUUAAACUUAUGAACAACAAAACUCCGAGCCUUUUCUGGAAGCAUCUUUCUAAAUAA